UUUUUAUUUUUAUUUUUAAAUGUUAGGUUUGUGUUGGCUGUGGGCAGUGCGGUCUUCGAUGCAAUGUUUAAUGGUGGAAUGGCCACAACUUCUACAGAGAUUGAACUGCCUGAUGUGGAGCCGGCUGCCUUCCUAGCUUUGCUAAAAUUUCUUUAUUCGGACGAGGUUCAGAUUGGCCCAGAGACUGUUAUGACAACACUUUACACAGCUAAAAAAUACGCUGUCCCUGCACUUGAAGCCCACUGCGUGGAGUUCCUAAAGAAAAACCUCCGAGCAGACAACGCGUUCAUGCUCUUAACACAGGCAAGACUCUUUGAUGAACCCCAGCUGGCCAGCCUGUGCCUAGAGAACAUAGACAAGAACACAUCAGAUGCCAUCAAUGCUGAGGGGUUCACAGACAUUGAUUUAGACACCCUGGUUGCGGUGCUGGAGCGGGAUACCUUGGGGAUUCGGGAGGUUCGUUUGUUUAAUGCAGUGGUUCGCUGGUCGGAGGCAGAAUGUCAGCGGCAGCAACUUCAGGUGAUUCCAGAGAACAAGCGGAAAGUACUGGGCAAAGCGCUUUCUCUUAUUCGCUUCCCAUUGAUGACUAUUGAGGAGUUUGCAGCAGGGCCUGCCCAGUCAGGAAUUCUGACUGACCGGGAAGUGGUUAGCCUGUUUCUCCACUUCACUGUCAAUCCAAAACCCCGAGUGGAAUUCAUUGACAGACCACGCUGCUGCCUGAGAGGGAAGGAGUGCAGCAUCAACCGUUUCCAGCAGGUGGAGAGCCGCUGGGGGUACAGUGGGACUAGCGACAGGAUCAGGUUCUCAGUAAACAAAAGGAUAUUUGUAGUUGGGUUUGGACUGUAUGGAUCAAUACAUGGCCCUACAGACUACCAAGUAAAUAUACAGAUCAUCCACACAGACAGCAAUACAGUACUGGGUCAGAAUGACACGGGGUUCAGCUGCGAUGGAUCCUCCAGCACUUUCCGGGUCAUGUUUAAAGAGCCUGUUGAGAUUUUACCCAACGUCAGCUAUACAGCGUGUGCGACACUAAAGGGUCCAGAUUCUCACUAUGGAACCAAAGGACUGCGCAAAGUGAUCCAUGAAUCCCCAACAACAGGAGCCAAAACCUGCUUUACGUUCUGUUACGCAGCUGGGAAUAACAACGGCACUUCUGUGGAGGAUGGACAGAUCCCAGAGAUUAUCUUCUAUACAUAGUGCAGCUGUUGGAAUCAGCUGUGCUGGGUGAACAUUUGUCCCCCUCUCCCAUGCCCUUCUAAACGAAAUCUCUGGCUGAGUUAGACCAUGCCAGUGGGAGCCACGCUAGCCAAAGGUCUCAGUAAAAUAAUUGUAAAGCUCAUGUUUUGCCUUGUGCUAGUGAUGCUGCUGCUACCACCGCCAUCUAGAGACUAACUGGUUUACUGGUGUCAUUUGUAGGUUGCCUGUGGCUAGUGACUCUUCAUUUUACUGAUAACCCUGUCUAAUUUCAUGGUUUCUUUUAUUGUAAUGAAUGUAGAUGCUUUUACAUCAGUUGGAAGCAUGGAAA